CAAUAAUAAAAGGCGAAGAAGAAGAAUUACGAGGAAGUAAUUACGGAAGUAAACAAUGUUUGGCUGACGUGGAGCUGAACUAUUGACUUGACUGACAGGCUCGACGGUGAUUUAUUUAACAAUUACUUGACAUUUUAUCCCGUUAAAUACAAGAAAUAAACGCAUAAAGUCGAAAGAUCGCUUCUGUCGUCGAACGACGCCUCUCAUCACAUUAAAAUGGCGACAGCAGCGGAUGCCAGUCCGUCGUUCGCAGGGCUGUCUGAUAUCUCCAUCCCGGAGGAUACCCCCGUCGAAGGAGACAUCACCGUCCCCGUGGACUCCUCCAGGCGGGAGGACGACGAGUUCUCGACGUUGGACGAGCCGGUGAAGGAGACCAUCCUGCGGGAUCUACGCGCGGUGGGAAAGAAGUUCAUUCACGUCCUGUACCCGAAGCAGAACUCGGAGCUGCUGCAGGACUGGGACCUGUGGGGGCCCCUGCUACUGUGCGUCACCCUAGCUCUGCUCCUGCAGGGCGGCGCGGCCAAGAACGGCAGCCAGGGUGGGCCACAGUUUGCCGAGGUCUUUGUCAUCAUCUGGUUUGGUUCCAUCAUCAUCACUCUUAACUCCAAGCUGCUGGGUGGGACCAUCUCCUUCUUCCAGAGCCUGUGUGUGCUGGGGUACUGCAUCAUGCCCCUGACCGUUGCCAUGGUCGUGUGCCGGGUGGUCCUGUUCAGUCUCACGGGCAAAGUGAGCUUUGCCGUGAGACUGGCGGUGGUCGUUGCGUCCUUCGGCUGGUCCACCUUCGCCUCCACAGCGUUCCUUGCCGGGAGCCAGCCUCCCAACCGCAAGGGGCUGGUCGUGUAUCCGGUGUUCCUCUUCUACUUUGUGAUCGGCUGGAUGAUCCUGACCUUCUCGCCAUAACAAUAGAACAGGAGUGGAACGUUACGUUGCGUGGAGCGAGCAAUAAUGAACUGAAUGAACUGAAUUAAGGACCUCCUCUGGGGUUUGAUGCUCUCCAUCAUGUCAGAAUGAAGUAGAAAAGUGGAUUAGUAACUUCAAAUGUAUCCUGCAUCUUUAAUAACUCUUCCUGGGAUGUGUGAAAAGCAUUUUGUGAACAUCCGGUGAAAACGCACCGAGUACACAAAUGCCAAAUAUCUACUGGAACACGAGAGUUUCAGAAGAAAAUGUGCUGCAUUUCUCUACAAAUACAGUGCACGUCAGAUGCUAUAAAAUAUGCGCUUAAAUGAUUUGGGGACUUGCGUUACACCAGCUAAUAUUCUGGAAACUUUAGUCAAAGUUUGUGUAUAGAAGCAAAGUCACAAAAUGCAAUACAUACUCAUGUAAACAUGAGGACUUAUUAAGUUGACAUCGGAAAACUUGAGACAGAAGCUUGCUGAGCCGAUUUAUCAUCGAUGGUCAGCUCUUUUUUUUCUCCACUUUUACAAAUAUAACAUGUUUUUGUUGAAAUAUUUGCUAAUUAAAAUGUACUUAUACAAAUGA